AUGGUCCAAAUCAAUACCGAAGAAGCCUUGAGCUUGGCUGCCAGGAUUGAAGCCAUAACGUCUAACCCAGAGAGCAUUCUUGGUUUGCAGGAUGACUUGCUUCGUCAAAGACUUCGUGAGGCUGGGCGAAGGCUCAGCCAUGCCAUGGAGAUACCUGUGGACACUGCCCGUAGGCUGCAAAAUACUCCUCUUGAGCUUACGGCUGCAUACAUUGGUGUAGAGAAGGGGAUUUUCAGCGCUCUGGCAACUCAGUCUGGCACGAUGGGCAUUUCAGAGUUGUCGGAGAAGACUCACAUUGACCCUGUUCUUCUGAGACGACUCUUGCGCUUCUACCAGGCACAUGACUUGAUUUCACAACCCGGAGAUGAUGCCUACGGUGCAAACAACAUCACGAAGGGCAUGACCACACUCUGCUGCUCAGCCGGUGUGGAGUAUUUCUUUAAAUCAGUGCUUCCUGCGUAUACAGCCCUUCCUCAGUUCUUGGAAGAGAACGAGUACAAGAAUCCUACAAACCCGGAUCAGCUACCGUGGCACGUAGGACACAAGACUGAUCUCAACGCCUUCCCAUGGCUCCUUAGCCACCCGCGUCAAAUGGAAGUGUUCAUGCAGGCCAUGGCGACGCUGAGGGAUGGUAUGCCCAACUGGUUUGACAUUGUUGAUUUUCGUGAAGAAAUCCUUCACGGCCACGACGCAGAGCCCUCUGUGCCUCUCUUCGUGGACGUAGGUGGAGCCAUGGGCCAGCAAUCCAUCUUCUUCAAAAACGCGUACCCUGACCUCAAGGGGAGGGUCAUUGUCCAAGACCAGGCACAUGUUAUCAACCAGAUCAAGGCGACGCCUCUACCGGGAUUCGACGGUAUUGAGGCUAUGGUUCACGACUUCUUCCAGCCACAGCCAAUCAAAGGAGCACGAGCAUACUAUCUCAGGAUGAUUUUCCAUGACUGGCCCGAUCACAAGGCUGUUGAGAUCCUCAAGCAUCUCAGGGAUGCCAUGACCGAGGGCUCUUACCUCUUGAUUGAUGACACGGUCUUGUCUGAAAAGCAGGCCCCGUGGAAAGCCGCGUUUUUGGACAUGACUAUGAUGUGCCAACUUGGGGCUCAGGAGCGCACCAAGGCUGAAUGGGAAAGACUCACGGCUGAGAGUGGAUUCAAGAUCCUCAGGAUCUGCGAGUACGCUCCAGAUGCUCAAGAGAGCCUCAUUAUUGCUGUGAAGUCGACAUAG